AUGUUAGCGGAGCAAGCGCCAGCACUCAUACCACUGUCGAGACCGUUGAUGUCGUUCCAAAAAGAAUGCCAGAGUACCAUUAUUAUCGAACCCUGUGGUGGGAAAAAGGCGACUUUAAUCCAAAGGCAAAAUGGGAAGAAGAAACCGAUGAAAUGUGGUCCUGUGUAUGGAACUGAUGGCAGUAUACUACCUCUUUGUGCGAUCCGAACUCGCGCCGACGAUUCUGGGAAAGAAGGGGAUGCAUCUUUUCGCCCCGAAAAACCACGAGGCGAGCCCUGGCCGAAUAUCGUCACCGAAGUGGCGUAUUCUGAGAGCGAAUUACAUGUUCUUGAAAAAGUCAAAGAUUUCUGGCUACACAAUUGGAGUCGUUGCCACGAGGUGAUCGUGGUUAAGAUUGAUAAACCUCCUGAAGAAGAUCAAGCUCCUUUACGGAUGCAAGGACAGAGUCAGAAGAUCAUUGGAUAUCCAGACUCGGACUUAUACGAUGAGUUGGAAACUCGAGUCUCUGACUCCUCAUUGAGAGAAUUGAAUUCCGGGCUCGUAACCGAAAUUGAUAAGCUUAGGAGAGAGAAGGAUUCACUUAUAGGUAAAAAUACCGAGCUCUUGGCUAGGGUUGUAGAAUUAGAACAAACUAUAAAAGAAGAUGCUCAAAAUACAAAGUUAAGAGACGCUGAACUUAAUACCAGAAUAUUAGAAUUACAAAACAGAGUAGUGAAAUUGGAACAGAACCAGUGCAUCGAUACUAAUGCCAACUCGUUAGAUUAUGAAACAAGUUCUAAUGGUACUUCUGAACAGAUAAUCUCAUGUAAUGAGAAGUCUAACACAUCUAGCCACGAAGUGACUGGUUUCAGCAAUUCUGACAUAUACCAGGAUUCGGUAACAUCUCCCGCAGAAACCAUAUCAUUUGACUCGCAAAAUGAAUUUCUGGAUUCAAAGCAUAGAGAAACGGUUAGAAAAGAGAUAAUUCAGAACAUUAAGAAGAAGAAACUCCGGGAUCAAGAGUUACUCUCAACCCCUGAGAAUACUAUCCCUAAGAUUUCAAUAUCACCGAAUAAGAAUGUUUCCAUACCCGAAGCAGAGAAAUCAUUACUUAAUAAAGAUCUAAAUAUUCAAGAUACAAAAAUUUCUUCUUCUGAAUCUAAAUCGUCUAUUAUCUCUUCAUCCAAUCAGGAACAAAGUGCUAUUUCUUCCAAAACAAAAAUUCCCUAUAAUCAAAAGGUUGAAAAAGGUUUAAUAUGUAAGUUAUCUACAUUUAUUAACGAGAAAAGCCUUUCGAAUUCCAUACCUGAUAGACAAAUUCUUGAAAACAUGCUAGGUGGAGAUGAUUCAACUCCAGGUUCCGCAUUGCAUUUGGCCCAUUUAUUUGACAAGGCUAAAAAAACUGGCCAGAAAGAAGUUUUACUUUAA